AAUCAUAAACAUUUUGAUAUUAAUCCUAAAAUGGCACACUAUAUUUUUCUAAAUUUUUUAUAUUUUAAACUUAUUUGAAUGAUAUUUUUUUUUUCACAUUAUAUGUUACUAUCCAAUGUUUGAAACAUCGUAAAAAUUUAAUCAUAUUUCUCAGUAUGUGUUACUUAACUAUUCUACAGCCAUCUGUAUAGAAUUUAUAAGAAUUUCAAACACAUAUGCAAUGAGAACACGUUCAAAAGAUAUACGAUGACAAAUGAAAAAUAAACAAUCAUUGUAUAUGUUCAUAUAAUAUCCAAAUUGACAUAUUUUUGUCAUUGAAAUUUUAUAACAGAAAGGAAAGAAUGGUAGGCAAUUUAAGGGUACCAUUAUGUUUUUUAACGCGCCGCCCAUACAGCUGGGAUACUGCCCCAAAGUUUGACUUAUUUACUUGCGAAAAGAUCAAGAAAAAUUAUUCGAUAAUACCAUUGCUGGUACUGAAAGCAUGCGUGCUUUUAGCUAUUCCUACCUUCUGCUUUCAUAGAUUUUUUUUCACCAAAAUUGAAGUUCAGAUACGCGGUCAUCGUCGUUUCGAGAUAACGUCUCCACCAGGAUUUUUCGAUCUACGAAAUCCUCGAAUCCUCAAGAUAUGGAAGCUACGCAAAUUGAAACCCGCCAUACAAUUGGAUAAUCGUUAUCGGUUGAUGAGGAAAGAGCCAAUGCUGGACGCCGAUGGAAAGGAGACCGAUGACAUAGGGCCUGACGACACUGCACCUCCUACUCUGGCAGAGGGAUACGCUAUAAUGGAGGAAAAGGGGUGGGAUUACUUUUCACCGGAGAAGUUACUCAAUAUCUAAAUAUUUCCUAUGAAAUUAAAUUAUCGAAUUAUUCCUGAAUUAUUUUGGAUAAUUAUAAUAAAUGAUUUUUCUUUCCAA